UUUACGCUGGGAAUUGAAGACAACAGUGGGCUUAUACGGGCUUAUACAGGCUGUUAUUACUGGUCCAAAGGCAGAACAGUUGCUUCCAAUGACAGCAGCACAAAUGAGCUUGAACAAAAACCAGUCACUACAUUUCAGACUACCAGGACAGAGAUGAGUCAAUAUGCUGUUGUCGUUGUCUAUGUAAAUGAGGAUAACAUUGAACCUAUAAUGCCUAUGGAAGAAACAAACACUUCUGUUCGCCCGUACGCACUAGGAAAAGAGGUGGUUGUGGAGGAGCAGCUAACCCCAACAGCACACAAACUGCUUGCCUCAAUGGUCGAUACACCAUCGCCAACUGUGCCUGAGAAAGAAAAAAGAACAGUGGCACACAAACUGCUUGCCUCAAUGGUCGAUACACCAUCGCCAACUGCGCCUGAGAAAGAAAAAAGAACAGUGGCAAAAAGAUCUAUCGACUUUCAACUCCAAACAGGUAGUGCAAGCAACAGACCAGAAGUUUCAUAUGAUGACUCUAUACAAGAAUCGACAAUUGGUACUUCGAGUAAAAGACAGAAAAAAGACACA